GUGGCAUUUUUUUUUUUAUUAUUCUUAUUAUUUGACUAUAAUUUCGCUGAUAUCAUGAUUUUUCUUAAACGAAAAGAAUCUCCACAGUCCUUGAUGAAGAUAGGGUUUUGCUUAAAAGUUUCAAUCAAAGCGAUGAUAGAUUAUAAUAUGUAAUCAAAUAUCUACAAACCAUUUUAAGUUGUGAUGCCACAUAUAUUCAAAACCAAAACUUUUUAAGUUGGCAAGAUUUGCCUUUUGACAUUAAAAGUAUGUAUGAUCAUUUAUAGUAUAUAUUAUAAUGAACCAUAUUUUUGUCACAUAUAUAGUUUUUCAUCAUAUAUCUAAGUCUAACAGAACUUUUUCAAGCCUCACGAAAAUGAAUAAGCAGUACUCAAACUAACCCUAACAAAUGAUUAAAUUAAAAAAAAAAAAAAAAAAACUUUCACCGAACUAGUAGAUCUACCUAACCAAGCUUUUGCUUAAUACAAAAACCACAGCAGCUCUUAUGUCUUCAUCAAGCUUCUAACCGUACGUUAGAUCCAUGUCAUCACUAUUAUUCCUUGAUGUUUAAGCAUAUAUAUAUAAUACGUACAUACUACCACAUCAUAUCUCAAUUGCUACUUUUUCAACGCUCAUAUCAUCAUCUCACAUCUCUAUAUCCCUUUUUGAUCUGCAAACCGAUCAUUUACUCCUUAGUAGUCUAUAAUAUAUCUUCAACAAAUAUCUUAUAUACAGUCUCGUUAAUUUCCCUAGCUAGCUAGAAACACCCAUAAUAUCAAAAUCCAGUUUUUGAUUGUUAUAUAUCUGUUUUUCCUUUUCUUCAUCAUCAUAAAAGCAUGAGAACGAAAGCUCAUCAAUCACUCAACCUCAAGUUUCUCCUUGUCGGAGUUUUCCUAGGCUUUUUGCUUCUCUUCUUCUUAAGAUCAAACUUAUCGUUAGAUUCCAAAGAACCCACAAAUGAUAACAACGCUAGGCGCAGUAGUAGUAGCAAAUGCCCUCCUCAUGAUGAUACUCAAACAUGCACAAAAAUACCACCUUCUUUAGCCCAAACCCUAAUCCACUACACAACCUCCACCAUCACUCCACAACAAACACUGAGAGAAAUAUCCGUCUCGGCGAGAGUUCUUGAGAAGAAGUCUCCAUGCAACUUCCUCGUCUUCGGGCUAGGGCACGACAGCCUCAUGUGGAGCGCCCUCAACUACGGAGGGCGCACGGUUUUCCUCGAAGAGGACGAGGCGUGGAUCGAGCAAAUCCGACGCCGCUUCCCAACGCUGGAAUCGUACCAUGUGACGUACGAGAGCAAGGUGCAUGAGGCUGACAACCUGAUGGACGUGGGGAAGGGGCCGGAGUGUACGGCGGUCAGCGAUCCCAAAUUCUCUAUGUGCCAGCUAGCCCUUAAGGGGUUGCCGAGCUUAGUGUACGAGACGAAGUGGGAUGUGAUCAUGGUUGAUGCUCCAACUGGGUACUAUGAUGAGGCACCUGGAAGAAUGACUGCCAUUUACACAGCUGGGAUGAUGGCCAGGAACAGAGAAGAAGGAGAGACCGAUGUGUUUGUUCAUGAUGUGAAUAGGGUUGUGGAAGAUAAGUUCUCCAUGGCUUUUCUAUGUGAGGGUUAUAUGAAGAAGCAAGAGGGAAGGUUGAGGCACUUCAAUAUUCCUAGCCACAGAGAUGGUUCCGACAGGCCAUUUUGCCCAACACUACUAGACUAAUAAUUUUUUCUUUUUUUAACUUUUCUUAUUAAUUGUUUGUUUGUUUUUGUUGUCUAUAUAUAUAUAUAUAUAUAUAUAAUUAAAUAUAUAUAUCCCCAGCUGAGAUGAUCAUCAUUUUGUAGUAUAAGGUACAAAACAGCUGAGUUUCCAAUUAUUUUUUUUGUUUUUCAUAAAUAAAAUGGGGUUUCAUCGU